ACGGAUCAAUCCGUUCGAUCAGUCGGGCAGCGAGUCGUCUGCGACGGACAAACAUGGCGGAGCGUGCCGUCAGGCGUACACGGUGCGAUUCUGCGGCUCGAUGGAAGUGAAGUCAGAUAGAGGAGAGCAGCUAGUGCAGGACACGGUCCAGCACAUCAUGGCCGCCCGCGCUCUCCACAACGUCCACCGCAUGUUCGAGUGUCAAAUGGUCAUCUCGAUGCACUCCAUACGGUUAGUGGAUUCCGCUAAAAACGUGGCGAGGUCGGAAUUCAAGAUGGCCGACGUCUGCUUUUGGUCGGUGCACAAGGAUAACAACAGGUUAUUUGGAUUCAUCACUGUGACAAGUGACAAUCAGGAUAAGCAGAGGAAGUUUGCCUGCCACGUGUUCGAAUCGAACACGGGUGCAGACGACGUCUGCCUUGCCAUGGCAACCGCAAACAAGAUGGCGUUCAAAGAACUAAUGGAGCAGAAGCAGCAGCAACAGCAGCAGCAGCAGCAACAGCAGCAGCAGCAACAGCAGCAGCAGCAGCAGCAGCAGUCGGGGGAGUUACCCGCAGGAGCCGAGGGUGGAGUAAAGCCAUCCAAGCCUCGCCCCCCGAGACCGCCUCCUCCCCAGAGGACCAUAUCCAUACAGGAGUACACACCCGACCAAGUGGCUAGCCGCGGCGACGGUGACGAGCGGAAAGUGGAGGGAGCGGAGAGUUGAUAACUACAAGUGCAGAACAGACGAGAAUAGACAACGAUGGACGUCCCAAAGGUGAGCCAUGGGUCGCCUGCAGAGUUUGUCUUGGGUGUGUCCGCGUCACCGUACUAUUGGCCCCCGCUUCACGACUAGCGUCUCAACCCUAGCAUCUCCGAAAGUCGACGGAUCGUCACGCGUUCGGCAGCCCACAGCGAUUCGUGUCAGUCAAUUCACCUGUUCGUCAGAUCGAUAUAAUUAUCAGAUUGAUAUGACCACGCCACGCCUUGGAUAUUGUUGCUCGGUCGAUCAAGUUUGAGUUCAGUUUGUACGUGUCUUUCGCGCGUGCACGCCAUAUUGUCGACUUUGAUGCACUUCGUUGCUAAGUAUUGUGUUUUAGAACGUUCUUUCGCAACAGUGAUUGGCUAGAGCUGCCUGUCUAUCAAGUGGGAAGGUCGAUUGGUAGGGGGGCGUGCGAGUGAGAGUAGUUGGCUAGUGUUGCGGGUAUGGGGGGGGGGUCGUUCUUAUAGGUAGAGUGCAGUGAAGUAUAGACAGUAUUGAAAUCCAGUGAAUGUAGUCUAACUAUAUUACCAUAUUCAGUACCAUAGUCGGAGCAUCUGUUAGUAGAUCGACUGCAAUAUCAGAAAUGCAUUAAGUUUAGAGCUGGCUUAAAGCUUGAAUUGUGUUGAUGUAAACUAUUUCUGCUUUAUGAAAGAAACAAAUAAUUAGGGUGAGCCAUUCAACAAAGUAGGCGAUGUGAGAGUAGUAGAUAAGAAGUGAUGAGAAGCUUGAGGUUAUACAAUUGCAGUUGUGCAAUAGUGCAUGAUCUUAUAUCGAAUAUAGGUAGGUGUUCUGUUCCUUUGACUACUGCUGAUCAUAUUUUAGAAAUUACAUUUUCUAUUUAAGUUGAAUCGGCAAGACAUCCAAAAAUUACAUCCGGCAUUGAUUAGUGACUUUGGGUGCGUUUUGUGGAGGGAUUUUCAUUUAUUGUUAUCAUUUAUUGUGAAGCGUUAGUUAGUGCUCACCUCGGCAAUACAAACGCCUGUCUAUAAAGGACACUUUUGAUAUUUUCUUUUAGUUUGAGUUAUAUAGUGAAACGUCAUAUAUAUAGAACAGAUUCCUGUCUAGAAAGGACAGUUUUUGGGGGUUCCUUGAGUUACCCUUAUAUACAGGUUCCAUUCUACAUAGCUUUGUUCCACAUCAUGAAUCAUGUAUCGCUUAUAUCAUUACAUAGUUGUGUGUCACAGGUCGUUUCAUGUGUCAGUAUCAUUACACAGUUGUGUUUCACAGGUCGUUUCAUGUGUCAGUAUCAUUACACAGUUGUUAUUUCAUGUGUCAGUAUCAUUACAUAGUUGUGUUUCACAGGUCGUUUCAUGUGUCGGUAUCAUUACAUAGUUGUUAUUUCAUGUGUCAGUAUCAUUACAUAGUUGUUAUUUCAUGUGUCAGUAUCAUUACAUAGUUGUGUUUCACAGGUCGUUUCAUGUGUCAGUAUCAUUACACAGUUGUUAUUUCAUGUGUCAGUAUCAUUACAUAGUUGUGUUUCAGGGAUCGUUUCAUGUGUCAGUAUCAUUACACAGUUGUUAUUUCAUGUGUCAGUAUCAUUACAUAGUUGUUAUUUCAUGUGUCAGUAUCAUUACACAGUUGUUAUUUCAUGUGUCAGUAUCAUUACAUAGUUGUGUUUCAGGGGCCAUUUCAUGUGCCAGUAUCAUUACGUACAUAGUUGUGUUUCAGGGGUCGUUUCAUGUGCCAGUAUCAUUACAUAGUUGUUAUUUCAUGUGUCAGUAUCAUUACAUAGUUGUGUUUCAGGGAUCGUUUCAUGUGUCGGUAUCAUUACACAGUUGUGUUUCACAGGUGAUUUCAUGUCAGUAUCAUUACACAGUGUUUCAGGGAUCAUUUCAUGUUUCAGUAUCAUUACAUAGUUGUUAUUUCAUGUGUCAGUAUCAUUACAUAGUUGUGUGGAUUGUGGAGUUAAAACACAACAUAACAUGCAGUAUUUAUUUUACGAAACUUUAUUAUACAAUACAAGCAGUGUCAGAACAAGGAAGACAGCUUGCAACAAUUUUAUUCAUAUACGUUAUUGAUAUUAUUUUAUGUACGACGUCCAGGACCUGGUUUAAAUUGGUUUUGAUUUCGUUAUCGGUGCUGUGAAAAGCAAUGUUCCAACUUCCAAGUGUCAACUACGAUUUGGUGGAACGAGUCAGUGUGUGGGUGCAGGAAAGUAAGAGAUGUCUGUGUAUACGUAGUUCUUCUACGGAAAUAUAUGUAGAUAAUAGUAUAUUUAUUAGCAGCUUGUUAACACCUGCUCUGAUGUGGGCAAGGGGGUUAAGAUUUUGGGGGUCGGGUAGCAUGGAGGCAGGGAAGGGAUGGACGAGGUCCCUUUUUGUAGUGUUUUAAGUAAGUACAUUGAUAAAUGGAUAAACGGCAUCCAUGGGUACCAGGUUGAGGAGGGUAGGGUGUCUUAGGACGUAGGAAACCUAUUCAUUCAUUCAAAUUUUUUAUAUUAUCAUAGAAGUAAAAUUAGAGACAUGGUCCGACCACAAUCUCCAUUCGUGCAAGUGACCUUCACUAUUUGCUUAAGGUCAACGGUAAACAAGAUGUGAAAGUACGUUUACACUCGUAGCUUGACGUUUACUAUGUUAGGUUUCACUCGUAGCAGGAGUAAAUUUGUUCUUUGUUCUAAAUAAGUUCGUGAUUAUUUACUCCUGCUCAUAGACAUAUAGGUCUUGCCUAUGUAUUCUUAUCUUUACCCCUCAGUGAUAUAGGACGCUGGCAAUAUACAUGUAUGUGUGCAUUAUGUAUGUGUAGAUGAGGAAUAUAAUGUAUGUUCACUUUAUCAUGAGACCAGAUGAGUGUAUUCUCGUUCAGUGUAAGGUAGGCACAGGAGGCACUAGUAAGUAAGUCUAGUAGUAUCUUACAGCGUGGAACACUGGCAGUGGAAAAUGUCUUGUUUGGUGGGUAAAUAUAUGUACCCUCCUCUAUUGGUGGUUGACGUUGACGUUGUAUACUUUGUGUCGGUAGCAUAUAAUAGUAGUACUAAUAAUAAUAAUAACAAUAAUAAUUAUUAUUAUAAUAAGGCAGCAUCUUCAUCGAAAGAAACCUGGGUGUGCGCAUCACCAUGGCAACAAGUGACAGACGCCCGGGGCUCUUGUGCCGCUGUAAAAGACGUGAAUUUGUGAAGGUGUGUCUGUGAUUUAGUAGCUACUCAUGAGUAUAUAGGUGGGUGUGGCAGGGAGAGAGAAAGAGAGAGAGAGAGAGAGAGAGACCUGUUCAAUGACUGGUAGUAGUAGCAUUGGCCCGGUGCUGCUAGCAGUCGAGCAACAAAAGUGGAAAUAUUUAGUCAUUGUGAUCAACUGUUAUAAUUACCAACCUCCAAGACUUGUUAACGCAGAAAUAAAAUUGAAAUGAAGAAAAUAAAACUGGUUAUGCAAGACCUUCA